AUGCGAAUUCUGCUCGUCAGACAUGGCGAGUCUGUUGACAAUGUAGCCGGUCUUUACGCAGGUUCCCGAGAUUCCCCUCUCACGAACCAUGGUGUUCUUCAAAUUAAGAGAUUAGGUGCGCACCUCGCGAAACGCCAGGAGACUAUAGGUCCAAUCAAGCACAUCUUCACCUCCAACCUCCAAAGGGCCUAUCAGACGGCCGAAGCCGUUGCCGAAGCCCUGCUUGAAGCCCAAAGUCCCUUUAGUAACGAUACGCCGACGUCCCUAGCAACUGUGAAGGUCACCCGACUGGCUGAGUUACGAGAGAAAGACUAUGGAUCAUCUGAGGGCAAGAAAUAUGGCGUAAAGACGGGAGGAAGUAACAAUGACCAAGUCCAGUCGGACUCAGAAUCGCACGAGUCGAUGAGAAUAAGAGUUAAUCGUUUCGUGGACUCCCAUCUGAUACCAAUUGCCGAUACAGAUGCGUCCGAAAAUACCACUAUCUUAAUCGUGGCACAUGGUAUUAUCCUGGGUGUUCUCCUAAAGGUGUUGCUGGAACGGUUUCCUCCGAAGCCAGCUCUCUCUAACCCGCAGGGUAGAGUUGAAGAUGGUCCAUCGGAGCCCGUGGCAUGGAGUAACACCGGUGUGCUUCAGGCCAAUCUACUAUUGAGAAAGGACCUGUUGCCACCGAAUAGCCCGAGCAAAGCUGUACUUAUUGCAAACUCAGCAGCAUCCGACGACGCCAUCGCUCCCUCUAUAGAUUCAAAUGCGAAGGUAUUGCAGCUAACUAUUGAGUUGACCAACAACCUUGAGCACCUUGAUGGUCUGAAAAAGACAAGAGGUGGCAUUGGAAGCGCCAAGUUUGAUUCGCGACAACGGACAAUGGACUCGUUCUUCACUCCUGCUUCCAAAAAGCGAAAGCUUUGA